UUAAGGUUGCAGCUUACCGCCUCUGAAUUUAAAGGGCCCGCCACCUUGCCGAAGUUGGUUUGAAGGCAAACGGUGGUUAUUUGUGCACCGCGCAUUGUCAUGGGACCUGUGCGGUUGGGAAUAUUGCUUUUCUUUUUGGCAGUGAGUGGUGCUUGGGCUGAGGCGCCGAAAGAGGAGGACGAUGACACAGAACGCUUACCCAGCAAAUGCGAAGUAUGUAAGCUGCUAAGCAUGGAGCUACAGGAGGAGCUGAGUCGCACUGGCCGAUCUCGAGAGGUCCUGGAGCUGGGGCAGGUGCUGGACACAGGCAAGAGGAAGAGACAUGUGCCUUACAGUGUUUCAGAGACAAGGCUGGAAGAGGCCUUGGAGAAUUUAUGUGAGCGGAUCCUGGAUUACAGUGUUCAUGCUGAGCGCAAGGGAUCAUUGAGAUAUGCCAAGGGUCAGAGUCAGACCAUGGCAACAUUGAAAGGCCUAGUGCAGAAAGGAGUGAAGGUGGAUCUAGGGAUCCCACUGGAACUGUGGGACGAACCCAGCGUGGAGGUUACAUUCCUCAAGAAGCAGUGUGAGACCAUGCUGGAAGAGUUUGAAGAUGUUGUAGGAGAGUGGUACUUCCACCAUCAGGAGCAGCCCCUUCAGCAAUUUCUCUGUGAAGGUCAUGUGCUCCCAGCUGCUGAAACAGCAUGUCUACAGGAAACUUGGACUGGAAAGGAGAAGAUCACAGAUGGGCAAGAGAAAGCAGAAGGAGAGGAGGAGGAGGAAGCAGAGGAGGAGGAAAGGAUCAAGACACCAGGCCAUCCCAAGCAUGACCCAGAGGAUCUCUGACCCUUACCUUUGAGCCCCCAGGAGGGGUCAUGGAGAAGAACCCUCUGAAGUCUGAGCUUUCCGUGCCCCAUAGCUUGAAGGGUGUGUGUUUGUGUAUGAGCGACCCCACCCCAAGGCUUCUAAGUGUUCUUUCCCAAAUGAUCUCAGGGAGGAUCUUGGGGAUGCAGGAUGAUAUGACCAUGGGGAAAAAGGGGGCAGUGGCAGGAGGAAGUCCUUCCUCCACAUAUGAGCCAUCUGCCUGCCAUCCAGCCCCUCGGAGGUGUGUGUGGUGACAGCGUUGAGCUUUGCCCUUUAAAUGCCAGUCGGUGAUGGCAUGGAGCUGUGGGCCUUGAGAAAGUCACUUUGCCCCUCAAGAGGUCUGUUUCUGGACCCUUAGAAGAGGGUCUAUGACCUCAUACAGGAGGCUACCUGCCAGUAAGCCAUGAACUAGACUGACAGUAGGUGGUGGUGAGGCAAUGCUAAGUUAGUUGGGGGUAAUUACUUGAUCUACUCCGUAUUAAUUUCACAGGUGCCAAAUUUUCUAUAUCACAAUUAAACUUUUUUCUUUGUUUUACUAUGA